GUUGUGGUUUUCGCAAAUUCCCUUCGGUGGUAUCUGCUGCUGCUGUUGCUACUGCUGCAGACGACCUAACCGUUUAAACGCGAUAAUGCUACGUGUUUCAUAGCCGAAAAUGUAUAAUAGUAUAAAAAACGCGACGAGACAUUGUGAGUUUAUUUGAAUUUUAAUUUGUGAAAGUGCGCGGGUUAAUAUUUUAAAAGAGUAUUCAUUAGAUUUAUGAUAGAUAGAUAUAUAUAAUCACACGUGCUGUGGAUCCGUCCACUCUUGCUGCAAUAUUAUAUUAUACUUACACCUAUCUACACGCACACAUAUAUAUAAAUACAUACAUAUAUAUAAGUUGGUAGAUAUAUAUGUACAGUAUAUAUACAUAUAUACAAAGUAGUGUGUCUCGCGCGCGGUGUGGUAGAUGGAAAAACACCGAAAUGCGUCUGCGCAUGCCCGCGCCCGCAUGACGUCACGAAAAUUGUGGUUUUGAUCAAAACUCGGGGACUUGACACUCUCAUGUACAUGUGUAAUUAUUAUUAUUAUUAUUAAAUAUUUUAAAGUCUAAUUAAUUAAUAAUAUAUAAAUAUAUAUUUAUAUAUUUAUUUGUUUUGUUGUUUAUAAUUUUAUAACUAUUGUUGGUUAUUAUAAUAGAUGUGUUGACAACAGUGCAAUGUACAAUGUUGGUGUAGUGAAUAAAAAAUAAAAUAUAUAUAUAUAUAUAUAUAUAUGUAUAUACGUAUGUAUAUGUAUGUAUAUAUGUAUAUUUAUAAUUUAAACUCAAGUGGUGCUCAUGGGAAGAAGAGACGCUCUCGGGAAUUUGUUAGUUUUAAAGAAGAUAGUGUGAUAUGAAGAAAGAGAUGAUAAUAUUGUGGUGAGAGAGAGUGUUAAAGAGAGAUAGUUGUUGAGCGUAAAGAAGAACAAGUAGUAGAGUAGUAAAAGAAUAAUAAGAAGAGUAAGAGUAAGGAGUAAAAGAGGCAUAAGAAUAAGAAGAAGAAGAAGUAGAAGACGAGUGUGGAGAAGAGACGCCGCGAGAACGGAGUCAAGCCGGUGCAGAUGAGAAGGUCGGAGGGAGAAGAGGCCGAAGAACGACGAAAAAGAAAAAAAAAACUGUUUUCAACAUUCCAGCCAGAGAAUUGAGCGAAACACAGAGUUGCGAAAAAUUAAAACAAUGGGUCGGAAGAAGAUACAAAUUUCUCGUAUCACCGACGAACGGAAUCGUCAGGUGACGUUUAACAAACGUAAAUUCGGAGUUAUGAAAAAAGCUUACGAACUAUCGGUGCUGUGUGACUGUGAAAUAGCUCUGAUAAUAUUCAGUUCAAGUAAUAAACUUUACCAAUAUGCAAGUACGGAUAUGGACAAGGUACUCCUCAAGUACACAGAGUACAACGAACCCCACGAAUCACUCACCAACAAAAAUAUCAUCGAGGCCCUCAACAAGAAGGAGCAUAAAGGCGCAAUGUCACCCGAGAGUCCCGAGCCAGAUGCUAGUGAGUACAAUCUCACUCCACGUACCGAGGCCAAGUACACUAAGAUUGAUGAGGAGUUCCAGAUGAUGAUGCAGAGGAAUCAGCACAAUGGUACGAGGACAAUUGGACAGUCAAAUUAUACAUUGCCCGUUACUGUACCAGUUAAUUCGUAUGGGGAAUCUCUCCUAGGGUCUAGUCCUCAAAUGGCGCACACCAGCAUCUCUCCACGACCUUCGUCGUCUGAAACUGAUUCAGUUUAUCCACCAGGUGGAAUGCUGGAAAUGAGUAAUGGAUAUCCACCAUCGGCAUCACCACUUGGCGGUUCGCCGAGUCCAGGCCCGUCGCCAGCGUUAGGCGUCGGCGGCGCGAAUAAGGGUGCAAAUCCGUCCCGACACUCGCCACAGCCACCACCGCCUCCUCAUCCUCACAGGGCUAAUUUACGAGUUGUCAUACCUACGCCACUCACACAGUCGCUGUCUGAGGACACCAAUUACGAUGGAGGCCACACACAGAAUGCACUCAACACACCGGUCGUAGCGCUACAAACCCCGUCUGUCGCUGCUGGAUACUCGAGUUUUGGAUCAACAGAUUAUUCAUCAGAUCUCGGCAGUCUCACGUGGUCUCACCAGAGGUACGUUGAUGACUUAUCAAUGUAUUCGGCAGCCACCAUGUCCAACAUCAGCAGCCUUCCUCAUUUAGCCGUAUCCAGUAGCACGCCACCGCCGUCGACGUCACCGCUGCCAGUUAAAAUAAAAAGCGAACCAAUAAGUCCACCGCGAGAUCCUCACGGCAACAGCAGUGCUGGGCCAGGUAUUGCCAGUAAUUUACAUCACACAAAUCUCAGUAUCGGGCCACCAUCAAAUAGCGGGGGUCCUUCGCAUCAUGUAUCUCACGGUGGACAACAGACACUGAAUCUCGUAUCAAACCGACCUACAAGUAAUCCACCGCCAUCACACUCUGGUAGUAUAACGCCCACGAAUUUACCAUCACCGGGUGGAAACGUUGGUGAUAUGAGAACAAGUCACACGGCGACUGGUGCCGGUGGUAAUCCUGACUAUGAGAACGGUCCAUUGAUGAAACGCGCAAGGAUUACGGAAGGAUGGGCCACCUAAUGUCGGGCCAACUUGCGACCCUGCUGGUCUUAUCCCGCUUCGUCGUAUAACGGCCAAUAAAAAAAAUGAUGAUUAACUUUAAAUUAACUACAGUAAAAAUGAGUAAUAAUAAUAAAAUAUUUAAACAAACAAUAACAUAAACAUAAACAUACACAAAUAUGUAAGCUGGUGCCAGAAUUGCGUUUGCUUGCAAACAUUAUUUUUUUUUUAGCCUUUAAGUUGACAACUUUAUCAUCCGUUGUCGCGAGAAUUGACGUCGUCGUCAACUAUUUGACGCUCGUAAAUAAACAUGACAGUGACAUGUACUUUAUACGGGCUUAAAUUUUAUUUUUUUUUUCUUGGGGUCAACUGCAAUAUCCCAAUGCGUCGAUUAAUUAAUUAAUAAAACUGUUAAUUAAAUUACAUUGAUAAAGUAAUUAAAUAUAAAGUUUAUAUUACGAAAAUUGUAAACGCGGAGACAGGGAAAGUUAUGAAAU